AUGGACAACGCUGGAUUCCUGUUGGGACAAUUUCCGAAUGAUCUUGAUGGAGUAGUCACAUGUGAAAUCCCUCGACUGAAAGAGAUAUGUGACGCUCGCUAUGAACCUAAACAAUGUCGUGUAAUCCUCCCUGAUGCUAAAGUUUUGGAAAUACCACCUAUAGAAAACACCGACGCAAAGGGACUAUAUCUUAACGGAGUUGAUGCGAUUGCUUGGAGUUAUACUUAUGGACAAAAUGGGACUGGAUUAGAGUACACGAUAAACUCUUUAGGUCUUUACAGUGACUCGGACAAGGUGUAUUUGCUUGACAUUGUUGGUUCUGCUCUUCAAGAUUUAUGUGAGCGGAAAAUUCGGAUUCCCGUGGAUCAAAGGGAUUGGGGUGCUUGGGCAACUUUUAAGCGGAGAAAACUUUACAGAUUCAUGAAAGCUCAAGCAGCUGGCUUUGUGACAGCAGAUCGGGAAACUUUCGAUUUUAUCAUUCAAUCAAUCAUGAAGACCUGGGAGACGCAAAGACACGAUUUCAAGCGUUUCUUCUGUCAUCACUAUCUUGACGGCCAAUAUUUAUUGCCUGAAGACUUAUGCAUUCACCCUCAACUCACCAAUGCAAAAAUAAACAAAAUGCAAAAAUACAUCUCCGCUUUGAAAUCCGACCUUGAUCUUGAGUUCUUUCAAACGAAAUUGAAAAGAGCUAUUGAAGAAAUGUAUAAUCGAAAGAAA